AUGCGUAUGUGUGUUGAUUACAGAGAAUUGAAUAAAGUCACAAUCAAGAAUAAGUAUCCAUUACCAAGGAUUGAUGAUAUGUUUGAUCAGCUUACUGGAUCUUCUAUAUUCUCAAAGAUUGAUUUAAGAUCUGGUUACUAUCAGGUGAAGGUAAGAGAAGCAGAUGUGAUGAAAAUAGCUUUCAAUGCUCGGUACGGGCACUACGAGUUUUUGGUUAUGCCAUUUGGGGUAACCAACGCACUAGCUAUUUUUAUAGACCUAAUGAAUAGAGUAUUCAAAGAUUAUCUUGAUUCAUUUGUGAUCGUCUUCAUAGAUGAUAUUUUGUAUGGUCGGAUAAUAGCUUAUGCUUCAAGACAGUUGAAAUCACAUGAAAAGAACUACCCGACGUAUGAUUUAGAAUUGGCUGCUGUUAUAUUUGCUUUGAAGAUUUGGCGUCAUUACUUGUAUGGUGUUAGGCUGUGGAUUCCUGUAGAUAUGAGGAAAGAGAUUCUACACAAAUUUCAUUAUUCAGGCUAUACUAUUCAUCCAGGAAGUGGUAAGAUGUACGGAGAUAUGAAAAGCUUAAUUUGGUGGCUUGGAAUGAAAAAGGAUAUAGCUAAAUUUGUUUUGAAAUACAAUGCCUGCCAGUUAGUGAAGGUAGAACAUCAGCUAUCGGGAGGUCUUCUCCAGUUAUUACCUAUCCCUGAGUGGAAGUGGGAAGUGAUAACAAUGGAUUUUGCUAUGGGAUUCCCUAGAUCAAGGCAAGGAUAUGAUGCGAUUUGGGUGAUUGUUGAUUGA